GUGCGGUGAAGUGGUAGAGGUGGUAAGUAGUUGGGGUAGGGCGGCCGCGGGGUCGAGGCCGAAGGGUCAAGGCAUUCAAGGCAGUCAAGAAUAGAUGUCGAUGGAAAUCCCAGACGAAGUGUAUUUGAAGUUGAAUUAGGGAAGCAAGUGAAGGGGUUAAGAAAGGCAACCUAGUAAUUAAUGAGAAGGGGGGUGGCCCAGGUGCCGGCCUCAACAACGUGUGAUCCGAUCCAGGCUAAGAUGGUCAACACCACUGAAUGGCUCGCAAUCCCACCAGUGUACCCAUACCCAUGGCUUCACCUGACGUGUUCGGUGCACGGUUCUUAUCGCGCUCCCAGAAUGAGCCCAUCAGAGAUGCUGCACGUAAUGUUGGCUGCUGCCGGAGGUAUCGUCCUGUCCUCAACUGAGCUAAGACCACACAGGGUUGAGGACCACCUGAUGAUCACAUUCCGCAAAUCCCGAGCUCGGGGGGAUGGCGACUCGCUGCAACUCACCACAAGCACAUCAGAGCCCAAUGUAUUGUUGUGGUGGGUGAAUGGGAUGUGCAAUUGCGCGCGCAGUUGGGCGAACUGCUCAGGCGCUGCCACGAAAGCAAGCGUCCCUCGACAUGACGCCAAUUCAAUGCACAAGCAGCCCGGGGGACGUCGACUGGGCCAGAUCGGGGUGGGUGGGCACUUGCAGCGACUGGCGACGACCAUCUCCAAAGCAGCCGGCCACUCACGGCGUCGGUGCGACGUGUUGCGCUGCAGCGAUUCUGGAGGUGCAUCCGGGAGAUGUGGAGCAAAGCUGUCACAAGGAGAUCGCGACAGUGAGGAGGAGCCCAAGGAACCGCGUCUGUGCUGGGGUGCAGGUCUCCUUUCGUCCCUUCAUCCCUUCAUUCCCUUCAUCGCACGUUAACAGGCGCCAGGUGGAUGCCUCUGAGUUGCUGAAGCCCGUCUUGGACGUCACUUCGCCGGUGGCGGGGCUCGGCGGGGCCCCGAAGAGCCAGAAUGAGGCCACUCGCCCACUGCAUUUCUUGGUGCGACGGUACCCAAAUGACGCUAGAUGGGGGUGAAGAGGCACUUCGUAUAAGAGGACAUGAGCAGCACUCGUUUCGCUCUCGUCUCUUGUCUGGCUGGUGGGAUGCUGCUGACCUGCACGGAGCCACAGCUGCGUGCGACGA